UUUCAAUUGGUCACAUGAUUGCACUUGUUCAAGAUGGCGAUAUCAGCAGCAAGGGGACGGCUGAUAGCUGUCAUUGGCGAUGAGGACACCUGCACUGGUUUUGUGUUGGGCGGAAUUGGGGAAAUGAACAAACACAGACACCCUAAUUUCCUUAUUGUUGACAAGAACACAAGUGUCACAGAGAUAGAGGAUGUAUUCCGGUCUUUCUUGAAGCGGGAUGACAUUGCCAUCAUUCUCAUCAACCAAACUGUUGCGGAGAUGAUUCGUCAUGUGAUUGACUCUCAUCUUGAACCCAUUCCUGCUGUGCUGGAGAUUCCCAGCAAGGAUGCACCAUAUGAUGCUUCAAAAGAUUCCAUUUUGCGACGUGCCAAGGGCAUGUUCUCUGCAGAGGACUUGCGGUAGAAGAUCUUACUGGAGUACAGUGCUCAAUGUGAUGUAGGCUGGCCUACCUCCAGUCCCAUGGAGUCAACCCCGUGUUGAGGGACACAGUCAAUAUAUAUUAGCAGAGGACACAGUGUGCAGGGAGCAGACAACAAGAAUCAAAUUUGAUAAAUAAUUCUUUGUAACUCUAGAGCCUUAAAAAUUUGUUUCUUUUUUUUGUUACUAGUCCAGUUUGUAGCUGGUCCGGCUUGAAUGAGACGGUUCUAAGUAUUUUCUAUGUUCACAUAUUUUGUCAGUUUAAUUUCGUUCAUUUUGUAGCAAAACUGAAACUGGUGCAGAAUUGUGCUCAAAUGCCAUGAGUCAAUAAGGACCACCAUCACUGGGCUUCUGAUGUCCUCAGUACAAUUGUUUUGUCUCAGGCUGGAGGGAUUCCAUCAAUUUCAAAGGCUGCUCCAUCAGUUAUCAGGUUUAAAAUGUUUAAUAAAUGAAGAUAAUAUUGACUUUUUGUCAGAGUGGAUUUCAAUUUAUGAUUGUUCAAACCUUAUAUGACAUUAUGACUUGAUGUUAUAAAGUGAAGUUUAAGAUGCCUGUCUAUAAUUGUCAUUGAAGUGAACAUGACAUGACAUGACAUGACAUGAACUUAAAAGCUGAUCGUAGUCUGAAUCUCUCUCUGCACACAUGCUUUGGUAUUGGGUAUUCUAUGAUUUCGAAAUCAUUCUUAUAUCUUCUUGUAAUGUAAUCAAAACUAGAUUGUAGAAUUUUUUUCCCGUUUUCAGCCAUAACGUUAAAAUAUUUGUAAGUCUUCGCCAUGAUUUAAAUUGUCGCCCAAUUUUUCUUUAGUCCAACUUAUUUUCAGAAUGCCUUUUCAUUUUCUACUGAUUCACACAGAAGCGAAUCAUUUUUUUUGCUUCAUUUCAUUUUAGGGGAUUGUUAUAUAUUUCUGCAAGCUAUAAAAUGAUCUCAUGAGACCAAUGAACACUAUCUGAUGUCGAGUUUCACUGUUUUCAUGUCACAUGUCUGAGUUGGUUAAUAAUAGGUGUUACUACCUAUGUAUCAACAGAAACACCGAUAUCUAGUCAACACAUUAUUAAUGAAUUGCUUGUGUUACUUGUGAAAACAAGGGAGGUAACUAAUGUGUUCACGUCAUAGCACUAAAGGGAAGUAACUGUUACACCCAGUAACUCUGAAACAAGGCUCUCACAGUGUCAGAUAGCUGUCAGAGUUAUCAUAUCUUUGUUGUUUACAGGUUGUUUCAGCUAGUUACACAGGAGGGUUGGCUGCUCUUUGCUAUAAGUAUUUGUUUGUCUUCAUGUUAUUUGAAUAAGAAAUAGAUAUUGGAACUAAACUAAUAAAAUAGACCAGUAUUAA